AUGAGUGAAGAAGAUAAGACUUCGAGCAUAGAUGUGGCCUCUAGUGCGGGCGUUUUCGAAAAGGCAUUGAACUCUUGGGCUGUGAUUGACCUUCCGAGUCUGCAGAAGGAGAUGGACGCAAAAGGGUUAGAGAUCCAGGCCUCACAGAAGGAGUCCCUCCUUAGUAGAAAAGAUCUGGCCACGAAAACAAAAGCAUUCAAAAAGCUACCUGAGGAGGAGAAGCUGGAACAAAUCAACCAACUGGUCAAGUCGUAUCAGAAUGAGGUAGACAGCUUGACCAAGAAGAAUAAGACCGUUGAAAACGUGUUCUUUCAUAUCUAUAGGGCCCUUGCCGAGGCUCCAGAUCCGAAGAGGUUGCUCCAGAUCAGCCUGGAGGCGGUUUUGAGCAUCAAGGACGUGGAAAAGUUAAAGGCUGAAAAGGCAGAUCUUGAAGAGAAGCUGCUGGGGUACGCUGAUUACGAGCAACUAAAAUCCAAGAUUGCAAAGAGCGAAGAGGAAAUGGCCACCGCUGUGGAAAAGCAGUUGCAAGCCAAGGACAGCGAAUGGCAAGCUCUGUUAGAGGAGAAAGAACUGAAUUGGAGAAAGAAGGAGCUUGAACUAGGAGAUACUCUUGGAAAGCUGAAGAAAGAGGUCGAGGAGCUGAAAGUGAACGACGAGAUUAUGCGUCUCCGCCUGAAGAGUCAUGCGCACACACUGAAUACUGAGGAGGAUGGAGAUAGCGAUACAUUGGCUGAUGGACCAGAUCUGAAGGAGCGUGCUGCAGGUACUGUUGAGUUGCAAAUGCUGAGUCGGGACGCAGAGACGGCUAAGUUGCGUGUGAUGGAGCUGGAACGCCGCAAUGAGGAACUGCGGCGGGAAAUCAGCUCGGCCCGCAGUGACGUCGAGAUUGACAAGCUAAGACAAAUGAACAAUAAACGUAUCAGCGAGUUGGAGAGCGAAAACGCGUUGCUGGUUGCACGACUCGAGCACGAACGCAAAAACGCUGACAAACUCAAGUCAGAGAUCCAGUCCAAGAUCGAGGCUUCGCAGAGAGAGGUGGCUCGGCUAAACAGCGAAGCUGGGCAGUUGCGGCAGAGAGUCAACGAGACACAAGACUACGAUGAAAUCAAGAAAGAGCUGGAGGUUUUGAGACAGAUAGAGUUGGGUGACGAGGACGAGCUUCCUCAGCUGGACUCUGCGAUUGUUCAACGCAACAAGAAGCUCAACAGUGAGUUAAUUGAGUACCGUUCAAAGAACGAGGAGCUGACCAAAAAGUGUGAGACUCUCGAGAAACAACUCUCGGAGCUUACAAAGCAGCUCGAGCGUUUGAGUGAGAUGAACUCUAAGCUUGAAAAUGAUCUUAUGAAUUUAGAAAACGGCUCCUCUAGCAACGACAAGUGGGAGACCAUGUCGAUGAUUUCCUCUGUCGCGCCUUCUGUGGCGGGGGGCUCGAUGAUUGGUGCUCCUUCGCGAGGGGGAAGACUGUCUCCGGCAUCUUCCAUUGCGGGAGGCUUCGAGCCGGGCGCUUCUGCUCAGCAAAAUAACUCCAUCUUGCCUAUCAUCACACAGCAGCGUGACCGUUUCCGUAUGCGUAACAAGGAGCUGGAGGAGGAGACGAAGAAGCAGUUUUCGAAGAUUGUCGAGCUCAGAAGAGAGAUCAACGCGCUGAAAAACGACAACAAAGGCCUUUACGAGAGAAUACGGUUCCUCCAGUUCCACCAGGACGCCAAGCACACGCAGACUGCUGCUGCUUCGUCGCGCGAUCUCGAGAGCAAGUACAAAGACAGCUACGAGCAAGAGUUGCAUCCAAUAGAGCAGUUCCGCAUCAUGGAAAGCCAGAGAAUCAGUUCUCGCAUGUCGCCGUUCGAGCGCAUUUUCAUUCAGGUAACAAGGUUUGUGCUGAGCACCAAGUAUUCGCGACUCAUGUUUGUUGCCUACUGCUUUGGUCUGCACAUACUCGUGAUGAUGCUUAUGGUUUAUGUGCUGGGAAGUACAACUGCUGGCAGCAGUGGGCCCGGGAUCAGCAUGACAUCCAGCACAGGCGGCGUUGCAGGCGGCGUUGCAGGAGGUGUGAAGAGUCCGCGGUGA